AUGUUAGUAUUGAAAAACAUGUUCCUUGACAAAAUAAAACCAACUACAGAAAUAAACGACGCAAGACUGAAAGAUUGGGUAAAAGCUUUCCCAUUCACAAAAGAUAUUGUUGGUAACAUGGAAAGAAAACCAGAAUGGCUACAAAAACAUAUAUUUGGAAACGAGCAUAUUCCAUAUGGACAGGCACUGUUUGAAGAGCUUGAACCAGAAACUCAGGAAAGAGUCAUGCAAACAAUACGCGAAGACUCAAAUACAGACUAUGACAAACUCUUUCUAGGAUAUAGGUUACCUGAGAUGGGCGACCAGAGCCAAAAGGCAAAAAGGACAUGGGAAAUUUGCAACAUACUAGAUGAACAUAAUGCAAAGAUGCAACAACUUCAAGCAGAGGGCAAUGAAGGAAAAAGAAGAGUUAAAAACUCAGUCAGGAAGAAAGUAAAGCUUGGUCGGAGUGGGUUCUAUUAUGACAUAUAA